AUGUCGACAGAAGACUCACCCGAUUGGUCGAUGUUUACCGAAGGUUGGUCGUUCGCAACUGCGACAUCUUUCAGAGGAGACGUCGAGUCUAUCAAUCUAUUGUCGUCAUUGUCGUCAUUGCCCUCCACAUCAUCCACCCAGUCCAUCCAACCCAGUGUUGCUUUCAAUGACAACACGGCACCAAGGGCCGAACAAAUCAGAGGGGAUAUUGACACAAAGCAUGUGAUUGGAGACCUCAACGGCCCAAGGCGAAAGCGAAAGGCGGACGACGCAGAGGAUAAAGCGCCCAAUAUUAAAUUGGGUAAUAACAAGAGACGAAAGAUGCUUAAGGCCGAAGAAACCGAUGGUGAUAUAAAAGAGGAGGAUACCGUCGACGGCCCAAGGGGUAGAAAGAAACGGGAGCGCGACUGGGACAGUGUCGCGGAGCAGUUUCUUCCGAAGGCAAAGAAGGGAAAAACAAAGGCUGCGUUGACGCUUCCAAGUGUUUCCCCAGCAGCCAAGACCCCGCAUUCCUCCUCUGCCAGCAUCAUAAAGGCUCAAUCACCGUCCGCUACCGUUCACAAGAAGCCCACGAUUCUUAGAUACAAGUGCCCUAAGAAGAAGGUCCCAUGUGCAGAUGCCCAACGAGUAUGGCUAGAGUUCCAACCACAAAAUGUCAAGGAUUUAUACACAGCGGCCGACUUGAAGGAACGUAGCGAACGGGUUUCGACAACGCUCCGUAAUGCAACGGGAAAGGACAAGCAUUCAUAUAGGGAAGAAAUACCCUAUAGAAUCCACCGUCUCCAUGUUUGCUCGCCUCGCCUCUCUAAUACCGAGCAGGCCCGCAGGGCUAAGAUCUUCCGAUUCAAAGUUGGCUUUUCUCCUUCCUGGACACGGUAUUACGGACCUAGUACGAUGCCCCCAGAAUACGUCGAGUAUGAGCUCGAUACGACGUCGGCCCGCGGUUUCGAAUUCAAGGCAGAGAUCCAGCGACAGAUUGCCGAGAAAAAUGCAAAGAAGGAGAAAUUCAUGUUUGAGACGACGUCGGAACGGAGUGCCACGGAAGAGGCAGAGCUCCAAAGACAAUUGGCGGAGAAAUUUGGGAUCGAGACGAGGAAGGAGCACAAUGUCAGGUUGAAGGAAGAGAUUCUGAGACAGAUUGGGGGAGGGGAAGGGGGGGGGGGAAGGAGAGGGGCUCAAGCUUAG